UAUUUGACUUCACAUGGACUUCCUUCCCGUUCGCGUGAGCUGAGAGCAAAGCUGCGAGUUCUUGGUGUUUAUCUGCAGUUACAGCUCACGCUAAUAGUUAAUAUGAAGAUAUCGGAACUAACGUAGCUACCGAUGCUCGGUUUGACAAGAAAAAGUCCACAAGAAGACUUUUAACUGCAGAGUCCCACGUGAGCUGCUGAGGUCUCAUCCGAUUCGGCCCGUUGAGACAACAUUACAGCAGCGGAGCCGGUGAAACAUAGAAGCCAGUUCUUUUCAAGUCUCCCAGAGGUGUAAAGCAUGUGACUUGGUGCCUUUCAAGUCAGUCAGUAGAAAGAGGAUCUUUGCCGUCAUCAGCUGGUGCGAGCAAACAAAAGUCCCUCCGAUGUCUUUAGUGGAGGACUUUCUGGACGUGCUGCACAUCGUCCUGGAGUACUUUGGAGUGCCUCCUGACAUGCUGGUUCCGGUGUGGGACAGUCAGCUGUGCGGCCAGUAUCGCAGCGUUGUGCGCAUGAUCGGGACCAACCUCCCACUGACGCCGACACCACGCGUGCACUUUCAGGUCCCUCUGCUGGGCUACAGGCCCAACGGUUACGUGGACACCACCGCGGAGACGCCGGCCAUCCCCUCGUUUGCUGACGUCCUCUGGGUGUUUGAGGAUGAGGGGGAAAGCUUCGCCAAGACCAGGAACCAUUUACCUCCAGUGAAGCGAGACGCUGUGAAUGGGGAUGUGCUGAGAUGCCCCGGACGGGCCCAGGGUAAAGCCCAGAGGGGAGGCGGAUCGGCUGAUUCGGACGCUCUGAAGAAGAUCACAGCGCUGGAGAGCGAGCUGCUCAAACUGCGAGCUCAGAUAGCCAUGAUCGUCACUGCCGCCCCCGCCGCAGGUCUGACGGAGACCCGCAGCACCCCGGGCUCGCCCACGACGUCUUCCACGCUUCCGGCGGCUCGCACCUCCACGCCUCGCUGUGCUGCUCCCCCACCACCACCACCACCUCCUCCACCACCUCCUCCUCCCUGCUCUGACUCCUCCACCGAGGCUCCGUCUAUAAUAGAGCUGAUCCGCCUGCGCAGGAGGAACGAACGCAACCUGGUCAAGGCUCCGCCCCAGGACCUGAAGGCAAAAGGGUUCCCGUCCAUGCUGGAUGUGCUCAAGGACUUGAACCAAGUGAAGCUGCGUUCAGUGGAGAGAUCCCCGGGGGGCACGCCAGUCGGGCGGAGACGCAGCAAGGGGGGUCCAGCGUUGCUGAGUGACCCGGCGGCGCUCAUCGCCGAGGCGCUAAAGAGGAAGUUUGCGCAGCAUCGCCACAACAACUCCUCCGAUAAAGAAAACUCACUCGAGGUCUCGCCGUUCGGCAGUCCGGAAACGCCCAAGGCUCCUCCCAAAAUCAGACGCAGUCAGGGGCGCCGCCACCUCUGACCACAACGGUCAGACAGCCAAUCACAGCUUCCCAUGGAUGUGCCUCUCAGACCAACUACUACUGCAGCUAACUUCCACUUCAUUUUUAUUUUCCUUUGUUGUUGAAAGCGUGUGUGUCUCGCGAUGAGCGAAGUGUUUUUGUGUCUGUUACGUAUCUUAUUGUUGGGAGGCUCGAACGUGUGUUUGUGUUACAGCGGUUGCUGGAAAAGGCAUUUUGGUUCGGUUGUUUUUGUUGAAUGGAGUCUUGUGUUUUCAGUGUUAUUCCGAUGUUAAUAUCUUUUUUUAAUGUAAUAAUGUAUUAAAAGCAGGUAUGCACUGGAGCUUUGUCAUCCUGCUUAAAGUAACUUUGCUGAGGGCUUAAUUCUUACCUCAACCAAGUGAAAUGAACAGUGGGUGCUGAGAUUCACGCGGCUCUAUUCUAUGCAACAGCUUUUUUCAGACUGUUUUAAUUGUAUAUUAAAGUGUUAAAGCGCACUGAUCAAUUUU